GCGAAUCUACUCCAUUUUAAACCACUAAAAUUCGACGCACUCGAAAAACCCUUAAAUUAUCCCCAAUGUACAAAACCAAAUUGCAGGAGUUAUGUCAGCGCCGGAGCUGGGACUUGCCGGACUAUGCCACCGCCAAAGACGGCCCAGAUCAUAUGCCGCGAUUCACUGCUACCGUCACUGUUCAAGGACAGCUAUUCCACACCCCGAAUCACUGCAAGUCCUCUAAAGACGCACAGAACACCGCUGCCCGCGUUGCUUUCGAUCACCUCGCCUCCUCCGAUCCGCUUCCCACCCAUCCCAAUGUACCUCCGCAUUCUCAAAUGCAGCCCCUUUCUGUCGCUGCAGAUCCUCCUCCCCUGCCUCUGUCGCCGCUCCCCUCCUCCCUUCCAAACCCUACUGGACUUUUGGCAACAAAAUGUAAUGCCAAUAUGAAACCUGCAGAGGAGUUAUUGCAGGAGAAUUGUGAUAAUACAUCUCAAUGUCCUAUAGAUUAUAAGGCCGCGAUGGGUUCUGAAAAUAAAGAUACAUUGCAUAUGUACAAGAACCUAUUGCAGCAACAUGCUCAAAAAGAAUGUAGUGGAUUGCCUGUAUACACUUCUGAAGCUGAAGGACCCCCUCAUGCUCGGCGUUUUAAGUCAAAGGUCUCCAUAAAUGGAAAAUCAUAUGAACCAGCAGAGUUUUUCCCUACAUUAAAGGAAGCUGAACAAACUGCUGCAAAAGUUGCUUGUCUAGCAUUAUCAUUGAAUGUUAUUCAAGAGGAUAAGGGAUUCUACAAAAACCUUCUACAAGAAUUAGCCCAGAAGAAAGGUCUCAUGUGUCCAUCAUAUGAGACAGUCAGUUCGGGGUUGUCUCACAAUCGGAUAUUUGUUUCUACUGUGGAGGUAGGGUCUGACAGUUUUCAAGGGUUGGAGGCUAAAACCAGAAAGCAGGCAGAGAUGAAUGCGGCUGAAGUUGCUUACUCUGCACUUACUAAAGGAAGCCCACCUACGAAAUCAAUAAAGGUACCUUCUGUGAACAGUUACCACCCAUCUGCUGAUAUCUUGAAUAUCCAGCCCAGUGCAACAACUGAAAAGCGUCAGAACAUCCAGCACGCUGCAACAACUGAAAAGCGUCCGAUCAUCCAGCACAUUGCAACAACUGAAAAGCAUAACGUUGCAAUAGAUGAAGAUGGUCCACUAAAUGCAAAGCGAGCCAAGUCUUCACCUGGAAACGUGGAUGUGAAUGCUCAUCUUCAUGCUAACCCUCCAUCUGAUGAUUCUAAGUUGGAUAGCUGCUCGUCUGCUCCAUCUGAUGAUUCAAAGUUGGAUAGCUCAACGUCUGCUGCGCCUGCUCCUGAGCCAACAGCUGAGAACCAGUUGAGGCGGACAACGACGACUGUUCGCCCAAGGAAAUCAAAUUGCACAAUUCCUGAAAAUGCCACUGUGUUGCCAUGUAGCAAUGAGAAGUGGGUGGCUUACAGAGUCGAAGUAGACCAAAAACCAUCAAGCUAGGUAAUGUUAACUUGGUUUAGGUGAUGCAAGAUUUGGGUUCUGAGUAGCAGACCAGUUGUAUGAAAUGUUCACUGUUUGGCUAAACCUAAAUGAGUCUUUGAACUAACAAAUUACUACUUGGUGUAGAAUAUGCAUGUGCGCCUGCACCACACUAAAUAUCUUUGAAUUAUUAUUA